AUGGAUUGCACAGCGACUGAACGAAAUGAAUACUUCUGGAUUAUGCAUACUUUCUUCAUCGCUUCCCUUCCAGUCUAUACAGUUGCUAUCGUUGCUUUAUUAAAAAUCAAGUCUUCUUAUUUCGAGAAGUACAAGUUGUUCUUGAUAUGGCAUACGUUGAUAAAUUUUUCCAUCGAAAUCCUCAAUUCCUGGUUUUUAAACCCAGUUGUUCAUUCACCUCUCCCGAUUCUCAGAUUCACUGGAAUCUUUUCUCAAUUAGGUUUCACCGGUCUUUUUCAAUUUUUUGUAAUUGGAACCAUGAUAUAUCAAACUGCCUACUCGAUUUCUGAAAUGUUCCUCUUUCGUUUCCGCGCUAGCAUGAUUGACUACAAAUCGAAAGUUUUCUAUACUUAUCUCAGAGCUAAUAUUUAUAUCUACCGUCUAACCAUAACAUGCUUCCUUAUUCUAAACAUCUGUACCUACAACAUCGCUCUAGAUCAGCAAGAAUCCAACAGACAAAAUAUGAUGCGAAACUAUCCAGAUUCUGCAAUCGAGAUAACAUGUCCUAAUGUGAUUGUGGCUGCUCCACUCGACAGCAAUCCAUUGUAUAAUGUUAGGUAUACCAAACGCUAUGUUUAUACUUGCCGCAUUUGUCGGAGUUCGAAGCGAAAAAAUCUUUUGGCUGAAUUGUUGAAUUCAUGGUUCCUGCUACCUGUUGUUCAUCUGCCACUACCACUUCUCCGAUUCACUGGAUAUCUGUCUCUUUGGGGAUUCAGUGGCUUACUCCAGUUUCUCAUAAUUUCAUCAAUGCUUUAUUUGACUGCCUACUCGGUUUUCGAAAUGUUCAUGUUCCGUUUUCGAGCCAGUCUGCUCAACUACAAAGCCACGUCAUUCUACUUAUACUUGAGAGUCAACACAUAUAUUUUCCGUGGUGUCUUACUGAUCUUUAUAAUUGCUAACUGUGUCACAUACACUUUUGGAUUAGAACUACAGGUCAAAAACAGACAGAAACUAUUUUCCGAUCAACCAGAUGCCUCUAUCCUAGUACUCUGUCCUACUGUCAUUGUGGCUGUUCCAUUAGAAGAUCCAUUUGCGAUGUAUAAUAUGGUCGGUUGGGUACUUGUUGUUUUUAUCACAAUCACUUCUACCUCCGCAACUACGGUUUAUUUGAAAAGAAACUUGAAAGAAAAUGCACAACAGUCUGCGACAGUUGUAAGAAUGCAUAAGAUGCUGUUGAUAACUCUAGCAGUUCAGACUGCAAUCCAUGGCUUCAUGUUAGGUGCCCCCAACGCAAUGUUUAUAUUUGCAGCGUUUUUUGGAGUACGUCAUGAGUUCGUUGCAACAGUUUCAUUUAUCUCCCUGACGGUCCAUGGAUUUGCUUCAACGUUGGCCAUGAUUCUAUUGACGAAGCCUAUCAAGAAUUCUGUUAUUCUCAUGUUGAAAUGCAAAAUGUCAGAUAAAGUGGUGGUGGAGGACACGAGAAGAAUGUCGCAUAAAUUCUGA